CAUCAUUCCCAAGUCCACCAAAUCAGAAAGUACUCUCGAACGGGGGAGCAGCGGCAAGAAACCCCGCCGACAGUGGAACCAUUCAUGACCGCUAACCAAACUCCUUCACGCUUCCCCUCCCCCGCCACCGCUUUCGACGACGACCUCUUCUCCUACUACUUCUCCUUCUUCCACGACACUGCCGCGGCCUCCGACCCUCAACCAUCUUCCGCUCUUCCCUCGGCCAUGGAACCCAACCCCAACAAGCGCCGGCGGGAGGAUGACCUAUCCCCCAGCCGGCUCGUCGCCUUGAAGCCGUCCUCCUCCUCCUCUUCCCCCCCUCCCGUCGACGACGACGCCGCGGAGCAGGAAGAGGCGCAGGCGGUGCCUCCAACGGUGCAGCCUGGGCACCGCCGUCUCUGGGUCAAGGACCGGUCCAGUGACUGGUGGGACUAUUACAACCACCCGGACCUCCCGGAGGACGAGUUCCGACGCGCCUUCCGUAUGUGUCGCGCUACCUUCGACUUCAUCUGCGAUGAGCUCGGCUCCGCCGUAGCCAAGGAGGACACGGCGCUCCGCGCCGCCAUCCCCGUCCGGCAGCGGGUUGCCGUUUGCGUGUGGCGACUUGCCACUGGCGAGCCUCUCCGGCUCGUCUCCCGCCGGUUCGGCCUCGGUAUCUCCACCUGUCAUAAGCUCGUUCUCGAAGUCUGCACCGCCAUCCGGAACGUUCUCUUGCCGCGAUUGCUCCUCUGGCCCGCCCCAUCCGAAGCAGCCUCCGCAGCCGCGCGCUUCGAGGCUCUCUCCGGCAUCCCCAACGUCGUCGGCGCCAUGUACACAACCCACAUCCCCAUCAUCGCCCCCAAGGAGAGCGCCGCCACCUACUUCAACCGCCGCCACACCGAGCGCAAUCAGAAGACCUCCUACACCGUGACCAUCCAAGGCGUCGUCGACCCCGACGGCGUCUUCACCGACGUCUGCAUCGGGUGGCCCGGGUCGAUGCCGGACGACCAAGUGCUCGAGAAAUCGGCGCUGUUUGAGCGCGCCAACAGCGGCCUCUUGAACAACCAGUGGCUCGUCGGCGGUGGCAGCUACCCUCUUCUGGACUGGGUGCUCGUCCCGUACGCCCAAACGAACCUGACAUGGGCGCAGCACGCCUUCAACGAGAAGAUCGGGGAGGUGCAGCGCGUGGCCAAGGAGGCCUUCGCCAGGCUGAAGGGAAGGUGGGGAUGCCUGCAGAAGAGGGCCGAAGUGAAGCUGCAGGACUUGCCCGUGUUCCUCGGUGCCUGCUGCGUGCUCCACAACAUAUGCGAGACGAAAGGAGAGGAGAUGGACCCAGAGCUGCGGUGCGACGUGGUGGACGACGAGAUGGUGCCCGAGAACGGCGUCCGAUCGGCGAGUGCCAUGCAGAACAGGGAUAGCAUUGCUCAUAAUCUGCUGCACCGUGGCCUUGCCGGAACAGCUUUCUUGUAGACUCUGUUUCCGGGUAGCUAUCUGUCGUUCUUCUGGCUUCAGACAAAGACAGAGAAAUGAAGUCCAUGUCAAAGGGGGAGACCGUCCGGGUAACGUCUAUGAUAUUGAAUGGUACCGAGGAACAAAAGCAUACUAGGAAAGAUUGGUGUUUCUACCAACCCAAAAAGGUUUAGACAUUGAGAAUGAAGUCCUCCAACAACAUGAUUUGAAUGCAUUAAAUAUCAUUUUUUUAAUUUAGUGGAAUAAAAUUAGCACGUACUUUGUUGAUUGUCAUUAAUUAUAUUGCCAAACAACAAUAAUAGUCGAUUGAAAUUUUUAAUGAAAAUUUCAAUCAAAUUCGAAUGAUUUCGAGUUGGACUGUCCUUGAAGAGUCUUGAUGAAUGCGAUGAUCGGUUGUCGUUGCCACCGGCGGUUGGAAACCAACGAGCACCGGCUGUGCUUUCAACGCAUCAGAAAGAGAAAGAAAGACAAAAUUGUGGGUCCCUUUGGAUUCUCUAACUCUGCGCAGGCGUCGGUCAACCUUUUGGGUUUCCUUCGUUGGUUCUUGGUCUCGUUGUAGUCGCUCGAGUACCUCUUCCGUCUCGGUCGCGUCAUAGUCUUUGCCCCAUCGGCAGUAGCGGAUUCUUGCUCUCCGUCCUCCCCCUCUCUUUCUCUUUCAACGGCGACGCAUGGUAGUCGUUCCCUCCACGCUCGACUGGCGUCGCUCCUGCGAUUUCCGUAAGAUCUGGGCUUCGCUUCUGCGAUCUUCUCGGGUUUCGUUUUAAUAUGCUCAAGCACGGUGCUGAUAGGUAAUUCACGCUUACGAAGUUGUAUUUUUGUUUGUGUGAUGAAUAUUGUUUGAUGGUCUGAAUCAUCACUUGAAGAACGCGUCCUUUGCGAUUGCGUAAAACGAUGAGAGUUGAGCAUUUUGACUGAACGUUGUUCUUUCUGUCAAGCAGUAGCCUUUUAUUUGCUUUAGAUUGUUUUUAUCUGGGUUCUUUAGCGAUUCAUCAGUACAUGCCUGCUUAAAUCACUUUCUAACCUAUUAUGACUAUCAUGACUUACCCUAAAAUGCAAAUUGAUCAACAAAUGUCACUUUGUGGUUUAGAAUUUUGUUCAUAAAGGAAGUCAAACAUGUACUGAAUUAUCAAUUUAGAGAUAGAUAAGAUAAGCAAACAUGCUCAAGAUGCCUUUGUGAUGCGAGUACAAAUGUACUGAAUUAUCUCUAAUUUUAUCAAUUUUAGAAUAUCAAUUUUAGUACAAACAUACUCAGCAAACGUGUACUUAAUAUGCUCAUCAAUUUUAGUACUAAAAUUAUCAAUUUUAGUACAAACAUGCUCAGCAAACAUGUACUGAAUUAUCUCUAAAUUUAUCAAUUUUAGAGAUAGGUAACACAUGUACUUAAUAUGCUCAAGAUGCCUUUGUGAUGCUGAAUGCUCAAGAUAAGCAAGAAUUUUUUUCAUAAAGGAAGUCAAACAUGUACUGAAUUAUCAAUUUUAGAGAUAGGUAAGAUAGUGCAAAUGUUAUGCAAUUGAUAGUGCAAGUGUUUUGCAAUCUCAAGAUGCUCAUUCAUUCUCAGAGAUGCCUUUGUGAUGCAAGUCUCCUGAAUAAUUAUAAAGCCAUAUCAGUUGCUUUUUGAUUACUAUCUGUCUAUAUAUGGGAUGAGAAUUCCAUAGGAGGGCUGGAAUAUCCUUUUCCAUCCUUUUUCUGAUACUAUCCUCGGCUACAAUAGGCGUUCUAGCAAAGAGUUGCGUUGUUGGGUCAUUCCCACUUUUCAUAUUCAAACCUUAACAUAUUACAACAAAUAUUAGAUCAAAGUAGUAGUUCUCCAAGGCAACUCCAUUUUCUAUUCCUUCUUUGCCUAUCCCAUUCCAAACAUGGCUCUAAUAGCUAGUUUGUUAGUGAUUGUUAGUUCAUUACCCAUGAUGGUUUCAACUUGUAUUCUUGUAAUACUUGAUAUGAUGAUUUGACCAUAUUAAUAAAGUGUCAAAACUAAGUGAUACUAUUUGUUAUUUGCAUAAGAUUGUUCAUUUCCAUGUCUAACCACAAUUGAAGACUUUAAAUUCAUAAUGAGAAGCUUGAAGAAAAAAGAAAGUUCGAUCAAUGUGCUAGAUCAUACAAAAACUGUUGUUGUUGAAGCAUAUUUCAUCUAAUGCAUAGAGACCAUGAUGCAGCUGAUUUAGGAAAAGGAGUUCAGAUUAACUCGAGUCUACAUUAGAGUUUCGUUUUGGCCUUAUUAGAUUUAUGUUAGAUCUUUUUCAUACUAUGACUAGGUAGUCAUUGUAUUUUCAUCUUAUACUUGACACUGUAGUCAUAAACUCCUUUGAGUUGGUAUAUCUCACGUCACGUUCAAUUCAAGAUGAUCUAGCGGCCAAAGAAUUCUCUAUUUUAGAUUAGUGGGCUAUUGACUUAUAUUGCCUAAUAAGAAUCAGUAAGGAAUAAGUAUUGGCCAUACACAAUUAAUAUUGGAAUGAGCAUUUGCAAUGAGUUUUUUUGGGUUCAUUGAUAGAAUCCUAACAGAUCUGGAAUAUAUUUUGUUUAGCAGCAAUAUCAUGCAGUUUUGUCAUAAAUUGGUUUCUAUCUUGAGCAUCCAGCUUGAUGUUAGAUGCAAUAUGAUUUAAUCUAAUAGGUGAUUAGGCAUUGCCUUUUAUUUUUAGAGGUGUUAGAAAAUGUAUAAUGUGAUGAAAACUUGCUACUUUCUUGUGUUAACUUCCAAACAAGUUUUAUCUCUUUCCUCAUUGUCUUUAUGUUUUGUUUGUACUUUAAACCAUGGCUGUUUCUAGAACAUGUAAUGCUUUUUAUUUUCAUGAUCUGCAAGGAAACUUUCACUGGCUCCUGAAUUGAUUAAAUGUUACUGUUGCUGAUUCUCGUUUCUUACAUGAUGACUAGCUUCAGGUCAAAGUGAACAAACUUUCAUUGACGAAGACACAAUUUCCAUAUAAUUACUAUUUUUUGAAUUACUGUAUGCCUCCCAAGAUACUGAGAGUGCCGAGAACUUGGGGCUUCAUGGUGUUCACAUUGAAAAUUCUGUUUACACAGUAAAUACUUGCUUUCCUUUUCUGUUUGAUAAACAACUAAUCUUUUGUAAAUUACCAUUGUUGGAAUAUCAUGUGUUUUUUAUAAUUUCAUUCUUGAUAACACCAAAAUACCAGAGGGAAAGAUAUUAAAUUUUGCAUAGUCAACCUCCUUUAUUUGAUGUGCAUGAUUCAAUCGUCAGUUGAAAAUGAGAAUGGAUGAAAGUUGCAAAGUAACUUCUCGAACAAAACUUAGCUCUGAAGCUGCUAAGAGCUUUAUGGUGAUAAGUGAUGAUGAGUGUUGCCUGAACAUGUAAGUUUCUAAAAUGUGUUCACUCGGGAUAAAGUUCAUUACUUAAGUUUACAUAGCCAUUUUAUAUCUAGCUGAUGGGGUCUGGUUAUCACCAGGCUUGUUUCAAUCUCCAAGCUUCUUUUCCAUGGUUUAUAAGAUUCAUAAUUUUCUUCUGUGACGAGAUACUAUCCUGGUGCUUCUUAUUCACUUUAUGGGAUUCUGGACAAUCUUCAUGUUGCAGUUCCAAGGCAAAGAAGAGGUGGAAGCUAAGCUCCAAGCUAUGAACAUAGUUUCCGUGUUGGGUAUAAAGUUAUUACAUUAAUCUACAAACAUUUUUGGCUUGUUUGCUACAUAGUUAAUAUACGGCUGCCGUGAACAGAGCAAAGAUGGUAACUAUUACAUUAGUAACCACCUCAGUUUCAAAGUUAUGUACCAUAAAAUGCAGAAUCCGACGAUGCUCAAUUUGUUGGCUUUGGGGUGAUUCCAAGUUCCAAUUGGGUACUGAUGUUCGUUCAGCUUCACAGUCCAAUAAGUUCUUUUGGCAUUGUCUAGCAUCAUGCUGGCUAUAGCAGUCACAAGUUUUGAAACAUUAUCUUUCUAUCAUUGUACUGCAGAGAUACAGCAUGGUGAAACUUUUUUUCUGUUAAGUUUAAAUGAGCGACAACUACAGCACAAAUCUUGCUGAAAUAUUAUGUGAUAAAUUUGGAGAUAUAAGAAAACAAAGAUAUAGAAUAAGUGAUCUUUUUGCAAAUGCAUAUUAAAUAAGAUCGCAGAAAGAUUGAUCUCUAAGCUUCCAAGCAGUGGAAUUUAUAUUGCUGUCUUGUUUAGUUUCAGCUGUAACUAUUCUUCUCUGAUUGAUUAUGAGUGUCUUCUAGUCGGCUGCUUGGCUUUAUAAACUUUGCUACAAUAUCAGCAAUAUUUUGUUUAUUAAAUAUCAGUAGUCUGUAUGAGCUGCAGCUUUAAGCCAUUCUAUAGUGAAUAAAUAUACUGUAUUUGACUGGAAUGGAAAUAAGAAGUCCAAGAUUGAUAUCCUUUUCCUAGAAUAGCAAAGACCAAUGACAGUUCUAUGUUAAUCGUUUGAUAGGCAUUCCUGCUACAAUUUUUCUGUAUGGCCUUAGAUGUAAGAGAUUGAGAAGCCUUUUUCAAUAACAAAAGAGCUACAAUUGUUGUCUGUAGUAACGAGAGAAUAAUAUAAUUUAUCUACCUUGGCUAGUUGCUGUUUCAGAAUUGGUUUUCCUAUCUACUCCCAUAUUAAUCUUUCUACUGUCUACAUGUUCUGACUUAUAUAUAUGGAUGUUUUUUCUGUUUUACCUGAGUCAUCUCAUUUCUAUCAUGAUCUAUAUCUGUUCUAAUUAAUCUGAAGCACUUUCAAACAGUGUUUCCAAAAUUUGGCAGUUUUUUGAACUGUUAACUGAUUUUUUGUGAAUGGUUAGCCUGGGCCAUAAAUGAUACAUUCACAUUGCUUUUGUAUUGAAUAAGAUUCAUUCAAAUUAGAUCGUACAAGUGAUUACGUUUCUCAUAUGUUAAUUUAAUGUUAUAUAUUGGAUGAUAACCUACAUAAAUUUUCUUUUCAUCUGCCCCUCGGAAUAAGUUGAUUCAUGAUUUUUUUUUUUUACCUCAUUUUUGGUCUUGUGAACAGUGUGAAGCAUGACUAUAGUGACUGGGACGAUAAGAACCCUAAAGUUUCUACAUGCAAUGCAGACACUAAAAUAAUGCCUGGUAGCAAUACACCCCAAGAGGUAGCUGCCAACAACUACAUGGUCAUGUCUUUAGACCGCCAAUCAACUUUGGGCUUCUUUGUGUUUAUUGAGGAACCAGAGUUCAAUUCUUUGUGAUGACUUUGGUCACUAUGAUUUUUGCACUACGAGGCUCUCUCUCCCUCCAACCAUGGAGGUCUGAUGACUGCUAUGGUUGUCCUGUGGGUUUUUAUGGGCCUAUUUGCUGGAUUUUCUUCAGCUUUCCUCUGUAAAUAUUCACGGGCACUGCUUUUAUGUUUCCUGGCAUUGUCUUUGCCAUUUUCUUUGUGCUGAAUGCUCUUGUUUGGUGGGAGAAAUCAUCUGGUGUAGUUCCCUUUGGGACUAUGUUUGCCUUGGUGUUACUAUGAUUUGUCAUAUCUGUUCCUCUGAUGUUUGCUGGGAGCUAUAUAGGCAACAAAACGCCAACUCUUGAAGAUCCAGUGAAGACAAACAAGAUCCCCAGGCAGAUACCUCAGCAAGCUUGGUAUAUGCAGCCGUUGUUUUCUAUGCUAAUUUACGGUGGGAUACUACCUUUUGAUGCUGUUCUUAUUGCACUCUUGUUCCUCCUGACCUCGAUCUGGCUGAUCCAGUUUUAUUACAUCUUGGCAUCCCUUCAUCAUCCUUGUUGUGACGUGUGCAGAAAUAACAAUUGUGCUUUGCUACGUCCAGCUGUGCCGUGAAGACUAUUACUGGUCAUGGAGGGUGUAAUUUGACUGCAGGUUCUUGACAAAGUUAGAGAUAACUAAAGUGGUCUCUGUAGUCAUUUACUUUUGAGUACAUGUUCAUUUUAUCAUAUGCAUUCUUCAUGUCGAAUGGCAUGGUUUGCUUUUA